UUCGAGCACGCAACCCAUGGCCAGUCGGUCAGUCACUCAGUCUUCAUGACCAAGUCAGCCAGCCAGCCGUUUCUGGCUGAUUCAGCCUUCCCGCCCGGAAGAAUACAGCAAUUUCCAAUGUAUGUGGAAUGUAUGAAAGGGGGCCAUAUAUGAUGUACAGGGUCAUCUCCGGUCUUCCCCAACUUGACCCGCUCACCAUGACCGUAGUUCCCGCCACGGACCUGCCAAAGUAUCAGUACGUCCCGGAGACGACCGAGGAUCUUGAUUGGGCUGAGCUCCCGACAAUUGAUCUGACCACCUUUGGCACCUCCUCCGAGGCCGACAAGAAACUCGCCACGAAUCUCCUUGAUGCGAUCCGCACCAAGGGUUUCUUCUAUGUCAUCGGAUACGACAUCGAACAAGAUAGAGUGGAUCGUCAGUUCGCCAUCGGACAGAAAUUCUACGACUUGCCCUUGAGCGAGAAGUCGAAGUAUAUCCCUGAUCUCGAAAAUGGCGAAUACAACGGAUACCGACCUGCCGGACGAAGAGUCACGUCUGCUGGGCUCAAGGAUCAGGUUGAGGUGUAUAACAUCCCAAAGUUCAAUGGGGACUAUGCUCAUGAACACCCCGCCGUGGUAGCCACUAAUCUCAAGGAGAUCGAAGUUUUUGCAAGGGAUCUCCACUCAAAAGUUCUCGAUCCACUGUUCGACCUCGUCUCUAUUGGUCUGGGCCUUCCUCGAAGCUUCUUCCGGGACCUACACAAGUACGAGAAUCAUUCAGAGGAUCACUUGAGAUACAUGAAGUACUCAAAAUACAGCCCUGAGGACCGAGCCAAAGUCCUCGCUGGAGAUGGCCUAUACUCGUACGGACACACCGAUUUGGGAUCUUUCACUCUAUUGUUCAGGCAGCCAGUCGCUGCUCUACAGAUCAAGGAUCACCAGACCGGCGAGUGGAAAUGGGCCAAACCUCUUGACAAGAGCUUUACAGUGAAUAGCUGUGACGCAUUUUCCUUCUUGACCGGAAAUUACAUCAAGUCGACCGUGCACCGUGUACAUCUGCCUCCUGACGACCAGGCUCAGUAUGACCGACUUGGCCUGCUAUAUUUCGCCCGACCCCAAAACGAUCUCGUGCUCAAGACGAUCGCCUCGCCUGUGCUCAAAGAGGCGGGCUUCACUCAGAACGAGUUCGAGCGUGAGGGACAUCCAGUGCCUACGAUGGGAGAGUUCGUUCAUUUGAAACAGAAAUGGCAGCAGAGCAAGUCAACAGAUUACUUGGCCAAGAAAGACCAGAUUAUCGUCCCUGGCUUCAAGGGAGAAUACCACCACUAAAAAGAAAAUUAGCCAGAUGUGAAAUAGCCAUGUAUCAAUUGAAACGCACGUAUGGAUUGCAUCACUUCCUCGG